ACUAAAAAUGAAAGUUGCGUAUUCAGCCUCUCAUCUGAAUGAGUGUAUAGGUAAUAGUGAUAUCGCUUCACUACAGAACUUCCUAAAAUCAGGCGCCGAUGUUAACAUUCUGGAUGAAAACGGAGAACCUCUGUUAUUUACCCCCAUCGUUAAUGGUGAUAUGGAUACUCUUAAGGUUCUCCUGGCCUACGCUGACGUCAACAUGACAAAUGAAGAUUGCAGAACGGCUCUGAUGAUUGCAGUUGAAAUGAAUGAUCUUGACAUCAUUAAAAAGUUAAUCAAAUCAGGUGCACGAGUAGAUUGUAAAGACAAUUCUGGAAAAACCGCUAUGUUAUUAGCUCUGGAAGCUGGGCAGUUUAAAAUUGCAGAAUACUUGAUAAAAUACGGAAGUGACGUCAAUGCAGUGGAUAACCUUGGCCAAUCUGCGCUUCACCUCACUGCAACAAGAGAGAAUAAUGAAUGUACCAGAAUCGUUAAAAUACUGUUUAACUGUGGAUACGUUAUGAAGGAAGCUGACAGUUGGCUGUGUUAUGACGACUUCUCAUUUAAUCAAAAAACGGAAUCAAAAUAUUCUAAGCUGGUCCAUAAAUUGAAGGCAUCCAUAAAGGUUAUUAAGGGAGAGGCAUCAUGAGUCUGAAGGAGUCUUUUCACCAUUCUGUACCUUUGCAGAUGAGAUUCAACUCUAUGCUUGACGAAGAAAAUUCAGGUCAAGGAAAAUGGGCAGAUUCCUUUGUACAUGUACAUCAUUAUCGUUGAACAUAGAAAACAAAAAUGAAUGAACAAUUCCAAUUUGACACAGAGGUUGAAAAAAGUCGCAUUCUGUCGUCAAUCUACAGAUACUUUCGUGACGAUUUUGCAAAGUGAUAUUUCUAAUACUCGCUUUCAAAACAACGGCUAAUGAUAGUGUCUGACAAUGUUGCCUAAGUAGUGCAUUUGAAACAUAACUGUUUUUCUACUAUCUAGCAAUAUAACAUUUGUAAGACAUUGAAUUUUCAUUAUUGUUCGAUGUGCCAGUCUGAGAUAUGUUCAAAGCAUGACCAUUUUGACGAAGGUCAAAAUGUUGUAUCAGCGUGUAAAUUGUGAAACAAAAUAUCAUUGAAAAUAAAUUUACAAUACACUUG